CAUGCCUGUGUUCCGUAAUGUCAAACCUCACCCGUCUGCGCGAUUUGGUUACGGCUAUCCAGCUGUCCAUCUGGAUGACUCCGUCCUCGAGGCACAGAACACCGACUCCCUGAUGCCACCUUCGAUCUCUUCACAUCCUCCCAAUCACGCGCCAUACGACGCCUACAUGCCACAACCCUUCGUCCCGUCCGACGCCCCCUUCUGCACCCCCCCGGCCCCAUCGCUCACACACCCAAUCUCUUCUACCCUCUCCACCCCACCCCCAGUGAAGCGGAGCAGCCACGCACGCCGUAAGGACCCCUCGCACAUCCCUCGCCCGCGCAACGCCUUCAUCAUCUUCCGAUCGACCUACAUCGCCACGCACGCGUCCGCACGCGACUCGCAGAACGAGAUCAGCAAGGGCGCGGCGGCCGUCUGGAACGGGAUGGGUGACGAGGAGAAGGAGCCGUUCGUACACCUGGCGAAGCUGGAGAAGAUCGAGCAUAUGCGCAAGUAUCCUGGGUACUCGUAUUCGCCGGGCCGCGUUCCGGGGAAGGGAAAGAGUGCAGAGAAGAAGGAACAGGUGAAGGCGACCAGGACCAGGGCGUCGAGAGCACCAGUGUCGAUCGCCAGACAGCCCGAGCGACGCGUUUAUAAGUCAGCUUCGCCUGCCCCAUCGUCCUCUGUGUCGUCGUGUUCUGGACCAAAUACGCCAGCUCAGACUUUCGCGGUGCCUCCUCUGUAUUCGGUGCCGGCAUACGAAUCCGUUGCCGUCCCAGUCGACGACGUGCCCUCUUCAGCCACUGAGAAGCUCCUGUCCGAUCCCACAUCUCGUCCGUUCAACUACGACUGCAUCGACGCUCAGUUUGCCGGGCUCCGGCAAUAUAUGGAAGAUCCUAUAGGCUACGUCCUCUGGCUCAUGGCCUCCACGCCGGACAGCGAGCUCUCGGCUCUCAUCCCCUCCCUACCCACAUUCGAGCCCACGACAUCCACCCCCGCUUUCCAUCAUUCCAACGAAGUCCCGGUAGAUACCCCAAAUCUCACCUCCGCAUCUUCCUCCUUCCCGGAGCCGGACUUUCUAUCCAUGCCUUAUCCAGGAGCCACACCCGCGGACGCGUUUGGCUAUGGCUAUCUGUCAAGGGCUGCGUCAGAGACGAUUGUCGAUCAAGAAGAGAUAGAAGAGCUGACCUAUCCUGACUAUUCGAGCGCAAUAGAAGUUGGCGCGCACAGUGUACAGCAGGAGCAGUGGUCGAUGGAGGCAUUUAUCAACUAUGGGGCUUGUUCAUG